AUGGACUCAGACCCGCUAUUGGCUCUACGCCAUGCGAUCAAAACCAAAUCUUCAAUAACAUAUGUCGCAAAUUCUGAGCCGACAACUUCCCUUCUCUCUGCAUCCCACAUCGUUCUGUCUCCAACUCUUUCGCUUCUAAAAUCAACUACAACUCGCUAUUCGAAGCCUGGAACCUCUGCAUCUUCACCGUCGGACUUCUUUACCCUUGAAGCUGUAUAUUUAGCAUGGCUCCUCCGCGAUGCGCCUGCUGCAGAAUACAUGAAACAGGCUCGAGACCAUGGUCUUGCAGUGGGCUUCGUGAGUGUUACGGAGAGGAAAAGCAUUGUAAAUGACUUGAAAAGAAUGGUGUCACUUACAGGUGCGUGGACAUGUAUACUCGACCUGGGAGUUGUCAUCGAGCUUCCUGCAGCAGCAGAGUCAACAACACCUCCAGGCACACCUACUCACCCCGCGCAUGCUGCUGACACCACCACCACUCCUUCAAAGCGACGUUACGUUGCUGAUCAACAAGAUGUCGAAGUUGUAAAACGGAUCAAACAGAACGAAGUUGAGCUGCGCGACAGGAAUACCGUUCUACGAGGAACAAAACCGAACAACUUCUCUGCCUUACGAGCUAUAUACUCUGAAAAGUUGAAGAAGCUUAAGGAAACAAAACCUGGGGCUACCUCAGUUCCUGCACCAACUGCUGGUACUCCCAUGCAGUCCCGCAAAGCUAAAAAUCUGUAUCCUAUCAUCAUGAUUUCCUCUUCUCCGACUGCCCUUAUAACUAUGCAUAACGUCAAGCGUUUCCUUCAAGAAUCACUAUUUGAGUCUUCCUCGGCGGCGCGUGAACGUGCUGCAGCUGCAGGCAACUCCCGUGCUGAGGAUGUUAUUCACAUCGACAGGCGGCGUGUACCACCUUCCUCAUCUUCACAACCUACGUCUACGUCUCGCGGGGACAUUCAACGGUACUUUGUUGUUGAUAGCACUGAUGCAUUGCAGAAAUUUGGUGCGGAUGCAUGGGAACGUGUUGUCUGCGUGAUGACCACUGGUCAAGCAUGGCAGUUCCGUCCGUAUCGGUGGAGUGAGCCCCGAGCUCUGUUCCAUCACGUGAAAGGCGUAUACGUCUCAUGGGCAAAUGACCCGCCCAACACAAAAAUCAAAGACUGGAAUGUCACGGAACUGAAGAUCGAUCCUCACAGACGACACAUUGAUAAGUCUGUCGUGGCGCAUUUUUGGCAGCUCAUCGAUGACUGGACAAUCGCCAACAAGCCGUGGUUGAUCAAGUCAUGAUGUUCUGCUCUCGAUCCGUUCAUUGGUGGCAGCGAGUCACUGAAGCAAGGAUCAGCUUUGUUCCCUGUUUUGCGCUGGUUUAUACCUUUUUGAGCUUCGGUUUACCGGAGGCUUGCACUUAUGUAUCGGAAUUACAUUCCUUGUACUCGGCGUGGCAUGUAAGGGCCGACGACUAACAGGUAUGUAUUCCAUGGGCGAUCAUAAGCUAAACAUGGGGGAUGUAAAAAUCUCUAUUUGCCGGUGCCCUCAGGUACCGAGAUUCGCGCACAUUCACUUGUGUUGUGUGUCAGGGGAAACUUUAUUCUUCAUGCACCAUUCUCGAGGACCAUCCUCUUGCUUGGAACGAUGCAAGUAUUGGUGACGCAAUUAACGCGAAAUUCCAAUUUUGAUCA